AUGCAAAUCAACGGCAAACUUGUUUUCACCCUCCUAUUGGCUGUUGUAUUGUUAUUCUUCAUUGCUGACUCUCAACAAUCAUGUAGUGGUCUUCCAACUUGUUCAACUCCUCGUGCUGGACACAAACCUUCUGUGAAUGGUUGCGGACCUAGACAUUCAAAGAUCUUGAACUUGUUAGGAAAUGUUCUUUUCAAAGCUUUUGAAGAAUGUUGUAAUGGUCAUGAUGUUUGUUAUGAAACAUGUGGAGUUUCUAGAUCAACUUGUGAUAGUCAACUUUAUAGUUGCAUGAAGCAAGUUUGUAAGAAACAAUCAAGACUCAAGAGAGGUUGGUGUGAAUUGAAAGCUAAGGGAAUUAACAUGGGAUUGAAACCUGAUUUUGAUGUGAAUUGUAAGGCAUUUGCUGGAGCUCAAAAUAAGGCAUGUGAUUGCUCUGUUGCUGCACCAGCUUCCAAUGAUGAUGAUGAUCUUUCAGAUGAGGAAUAA